AUGAUUGCUGAUGAAACUAUCACUGAAGAUCCCGAUCAGAUGACGGAGGAAGAAGAUAGAAACGAAGGUAAAUUUGCAUCGCAAAGCAACGUGGAGGCCGUUCGAAGAGCGCUCAGCUGCCCUUAUUGCAUGGCUUAUAUGACUGCUCCGAUAUUCACUUGUGUCACUGGCCAUACCUUUUGUAAUGAAUGUAAGCCGCGACUGCAGAAGUGUCCCACGUGCCAGGCCUCUUUAGACGGAUCAAGGAAUUACACUCUGGAGGAGAUGGCUAAUGAUAUGAAGGUGUCUUGUCAGUUCGACGUCAAUGGGUGCACCUUCUUCGACAGCACUUCUAAUAUGCGUAUCCAUGAACUGGAAUGCUCAUUAAACGAUUUGCCGAGAAAUGAGACAUAA